AUGACUGAUGUAAAUUUUCGAAAUUAUGAUCAAGAUUGUGAUAGGCCUGAUGCUGUUGCCGGUCGUUUAGCAGCAUUAAGAAAUAUACAUGUUCGAGAAGAAAUUUGUAACGUUGCAAGAGCUUUACAAGCAAAAUAUAAGGAAAGAUUACCAGUUCUCUAUCUUGUUGCGACUGUAUCUUACGAACAAGUCUGGAAGAGACAGCCUUUAUCACCAAACGAUAAAAUUCACCGAGAUGCGGUCGGUUAUGGUCUCAUGUACUACGAGCAAAAUAUGUAUCGCCUGGCGCAAGCCGAAGCACUGUCUGGCCUCUAUCCACCACAUGAUGCCGUCAACUGUUGUGAUCAAACAUGUCCUAUACAUCAUGAACAACCUUGGCAGAAAGAAGAGAAAGAUCUGCCUCUAUCGUUGAUAUCGAACGUAAAAUCAGAUUUGGUUAAUCAAACAAAACGGUGGGACGAAAGCCUUUUUAGAACGUCAAAUGAACGAUCGAUUCAAGAUACUAUAAUACGAUCAACAGAAAUGAAUACAGUACAAGUACAAGAGUUAAAAGAUACUAUUUCUGCAACAUUUCUCACUGCUGUUUCAAAUGAUGUGGCUUCUGUCGAUUCCAAAAAUGCUGCAUUAUCAACGUUUAGCGGAAGCGAUAUUUCUCAACCGCAACCACCAUUAGGGUCGAUACCAAUGCAGUCAAGAAUCAUUAAAAGUUUGGUAGAUGCAAUUAUAGAUGGGCAGAAAGGAGAAGAGCAUGCUGCAAAGAAGAGCGUUGUGCCAAAAAUCAAAAUUGUUCGCCCUAACGAAGCUGAUUCACCUGGCUAUGACAUUACGUUAGAAAGUCAAGUGAUACCCACUGGGAAAGAUGUCGAUGUGACUAUAUUACAACAAAAAUCAGCCGAUGUACAGUCAUCCAAAGAAAGUCUUUUAUCAAAAGGUAGCAACAAAGAAAAAGGGAUGAAAAAAAACUUAAAACCAGAACGACAAGGUAUGGUAGUGUACAAUUAUUAUGGACAGUAUGAAAGGUCUUAG